AAUGUCUAAUGCAUGCAGUUUGUAGGAGGAGUGGCUAAGUGUACAAAAGCUUUCCAAAGAGCGAGAAACACUGAGCGAGAAAUGGAAGAAAAAACAGUCUGAAAAGGGAAAGGAGCAUUUCCAUAAAGUAAAACCCGCACCAAAGAAAAGGAAGUGAUUCAGAAUUUUCCUUUAAGUUCCAUAUCAUCAGGAUGUCAAGGUCAUUUAACCGAAAACAGGAGAUCUACAAAAUAGACUGGCAAUUACCUGCUGUCUCAUCGUCUGCUUCAGCACAUCAUAUUAACAGAGAUCUCUUUGUUCUCUCAUAUGGUGCAUUAGUUGCACAGCUCUGCAAAGAUUAUGAGCGAGAUGAAGAUGUGAAUAAAAACCUGGAUUCAAUGGGAUACAACAUUGGAAUUAGACUAAUAGAAGACUUUUUGGCAAACACUGGAAUAAAAAAAUGCAGAAGUUACAAUGAGACAGUGGACGUUAUUGCCAAGGUGGCUUUCAAAAUGUACCUUGGAAUCACCCCAACUAUGAUUGGAGGUAAUGAUGGGGGAAACAGCUUUUCCCUUAUAUUGGAUGCUAAUCCACUGGAUGACUAUGUUGAAGAGCUUCCACCUGGGAGAUCAUCACUUUCCUAUUGUAAUCUUUUAUCCGGAAUCAUCAGGGGAGCUCUGGAAAUGAUUCACUUACCAGCUGAUGUCACAUUUAUCCAGGAUAGACUGAAAGGGGAUGAUGUCACCGAAAUAGGAAUCACAUUCCUCCAAAAAAGCGAUGAGAAAAAAUCUAAGCGAAAUAAGUGAAGACAAUUAUUGGAAAUAAAGAAGUCAUUUAUUUCUAAUUUAUUUCCAUAUAUGAUACAAUGUUUAUGGAAAUUAUGGUGCAUUCAUAAAUAAACAAAAGAUGUACUGUACAUUUAAACAUAAGCAUUUCAUGCAUUAUAUAUUAUAUUAUAUAUAUGUAUCUGUAACAUAAAUUUCAUUGUGACAAUGCUCUGAAUAAACAUUGGCUAAUAGGUU